AUGGCGCAAAACGGCAUUUGGAAUUCACCCAAAAUAUUUUCUUAUCGGCUUGUAAAACCAUUCACGUUUGGACGCUUUCUGCUUGUCUCCGAUGAACUUGACACUUGUGACUGCCGCGGCCCAUCUCAGGCCAAUAUCAGCCGAGAACCCACACCAGAACAGAUCAUUGAACUGCAGAAGCUUCAAAUACUCAAUAAUCAAGACUACGAUGAGUAUCUGGGAAUGAAGGGUGAAUGGGUUUGGCCUGAAGAGGGGGAAAGUCAAGCCCCUCCUCUGAAUAAUGAUAUUCUGGAUCAUGUGUUGAAGCGUAUGCAGAGCAUGAUAAAGCCACCCAUUACCAACACUCCUCCUCCUCUGUUCCCUCGAUUCACAAUCAGAGCGUGUGUAUUAGGAAAAACCUGCACGGGAAAAACCGCCUGCCUUACCAGGAUCAGCAGCGUUCUUGGCGUUCGUGUGCUGUCGGCCAACACUUUAAUCCAGGACGUCCUCACAGCCUAUCAACAGGAAAAACAGACCACGGGUGAAGACCAGAUGGAGUCAGAGUGGUCUUUGAAAGCACAGCGUGGAGCUGCAAUAGAGAAAGUGACUAGGACAGGUAAAGCGGUUCCUGAUCAGAUACUCGUGGACAUCAUGGUAGAUGCUAUCAGGGACGUCCCUGCUGACAGUGGUUGGGUUCUUGAUGGGUUCCCCGUGAACAUCACUCAGGCUGUGAUGUUGGAGAAAGCUCUAACCGGAGCAGAACCGGAUGAGACUCAACAAAAUACACAUGUAGAUAAGAAGACUCCUGAAGAUUUGCCACAACCAUCUCCAGCUCUUGAUCUAGUUGUACUGUUAGAUGUUUCAGAUGAACAGGUUAUAGAGCGAGCAUUCUCACAAGCUGUGAAGGAAGAAAGCAGAGACCAGGAACACAAUGUUCUGGAGGAACAAAAGAGUCUGACAGCUCUCGACACAUGUGAUCCAGCAUCCAUCUCCACUUAUAAAAGUCUAGAAAGAGAUCAGAUACAGCACAGAAUUAGUGGUUUUCACGACACUUGGUCAAAACUUGAGAAAUGGUUUGGUGCAAAGCAGAAUAUUCUAGUGAAGGUCCCUGCAGAAACAGAUGAGGAUCUUCUUUUCACGAACGUGGAGACGAUUUUGAAAGACACCAUGGACUCGAUUAAACAAGUAUCGGCUACAAGUCGUUCCAGAAAUAGGUCCACUUCAUCUAAACACAACCGUGACGAAAGUCCCAGAUCUUCUGGGCCUUCACCAGUGACCCCAAGAUCUGCCGAACGGGUCUAUGUGGAUGAAUCAUUACCUCAGGAGAUCCCAGAGUAUCUUGUGCCGUACUGGGAGAAUGUGUGCGCUUCAUAUGUGACUAAUGUCAAAAUGGUGAUGCAGAACCUUCGUGGUGAACGCAAGCUCAUCAUUCACUAUCUUUACGACAUCCGAGAGAACUUCAGACAGCAUCUACUCAAGCCUGAUCUAAAGCAGGAGUUUGUAAGCGCUUGGCAGCGUGAUUAUAACAGCGUUCCCGAAAACAUGCGAGAGGACGAGGAGACCAAAGGAGAGCUCCAUCAAAGACUCGAUGACUUGCGAGAGCGUCUAUGGGAUAUCUGUGAUAAACGCAGGGAUGAGGCGGUGCAGGAGAGAGCAGGUGUUAUUGAUGAUGGCUGGUUAGAUGAUCAUACUGCUCUCCUGAUCAAUCAUUAUUCUGCAUUGAUGCAGACAGAAGUGGGCAGGUUUCAAGACUGCAUGUAUCUGCUGAGAGAUUAUUACUCAGGGAUGAAUAAAGCUCUGUUAUCUCAGUCUACAUGUGACUUCAUUCAUGUCCCAUUGCUUGAUAUCACCUGGAACGACCACAUGGAACAAGAGACAUCCAACAUCUCCUCUGUUUCUGGUCCCUCAGAGAAACAUGCAAAGAAUGCUGGGAAAAAAGACACAGAGGUGGAGGACAAAAAGAAAAUGUUUCCACUGGUUGCUGACAGAUCUUCUACCAAUGAGCUCUCUAAACAAGAUCUGCUCCACCCGGAUGAGAAACUACUGCAGGAGUUUUAUCAGACGACGGUCACUGCUGUCACGAGCAUUGUGUCUGCAGUGAUCCAUCAGCGAGAUGAAGGGGAAGGUGAUGAAGAACAGCAGCAGCAGCAGAUGGAGACACAGAAAGCACACAGACAGUCUCACACUCCUAACGUUGCAAAAGACAAAAGAAAAGCUGGUAAACAGAAAGGUGUUCCUCCUCCAUCCCAGGAGCCCAGUCCUCAACCUGUUAUGGAGAACCCUGAGGAGGUGAAGAGGAAGGCAUUGAGGAGAAGAAUCCAACAGGAGUACACAGAUGCACUGAAACAUGAAGAACUUGCAGUAAAGAUGCGUUUGGAGCUGGUGAAGUCACAUGCCUUGAAAACAUUAUGCAGUCUGCAGCAGAAGACUAAACAGAUGUACAAGAACAUGCAGGACUGGCUGGAAGCUCGGUUCCUUUCUGAGAUGAAGAGUAUCGACCAAAUGACAGAAAUAGUACGGCAGCACAUUGAGAACGGCCUUCAGAUCCGUCAUGAGCUUGUGUUGCAUUGCACUGAUUUCUGUGUGGAUGGAGACAUGCGUGUUGUGCCGAGUGCCCCGCCCACUCCUACCCCGCCCCUUUUGGAGCAUCACAGUGACGGCACACUGACAGUUCAACAGCUGAACUUCUUCUGCGCUCAUCUACACAAGACUGCACCUUCUGGUCUGUUGUCUGGUAAUGAGUUGACCGAGGUUCUGCAAGAGUUAAGAUCUCCUCACAUGGGUAGUGAUGUGCUACCUGAACCCUGGAUGCAUAUGACUUCCUCACAGGUGGUUGAGCUGGUUUGUGUAUUCACUCGUGACUCCGAGAUGUUGGACUGGCGUCAGUUUCUGCUCAGUUCUGCUCUCCCGUGGCCGUUUCCAUCCCGAACUCAGCUGAUCAAAACCCUCCAGAGUUACAGAGCCAUCGACACUGCAGGAACCGGACUCAUAACACAAGAACAAUACACACAGGUUGAAUUGUGGUUUCCUAGUGAUAGAGAUCAUCUUGUCCCAGAUGACCCAUCAGCACCUUUACCCUUUGACAGAUUAAACAAUUUUAAGAAGUUUUUCUUCACUUUGUUUGCGAGCACCGACUCAUCUUCAGUGAUGUUGGAUUACAUGAACAUGCUGCUGUAUUUCUGCUGUCAUCCUGAACCGACUCAGGGUUUCAUAAGAGCUUUGAGUCUUGUGACCGAACAUCCACUACAUUAUAAACACACAAGCCCACUGGUACAGUCUGUGUCACAUAUAGUGGAUGCUGAGUUUGAUGAUGAUGAGGAGGAAGGGAGAGGGGCGGGGUCUGAUGAAGUGGGCGUGUCUGUUGAUGAUGUGCUCAGAGUUUUGAGUCAUGGAGAGAAUCGCAUCUCCUCACAUCCAAAUCGAUUUCAUAUGAACUGCAGGAGCAGGGAUGAGUACAGAGAGGAGCUGCUAAAGGUGUGGAAAGAGUUGGACUUUAAAUCAGAGGAGAAGAUACCGUUCUCCACGCUAUCCCAGCAUCCUUUUCUACAGGACCUCAUGGAAACCUCAUCACAGUACCUGCUUGUUGAUAUUCACAAAAUUCUGCAGACCCAGAAAACUGAAGGAGAUUUUAAAAGCUAAAACAUCAUUAAAAUGACUCAUAAUUUAUUGUACACCAACACCAAAAUAUACUUCCUGCAAAAGACACACAAUGUAAUUUGUAAUAAAAAUUGCAUAUGAUUUAUGUAUUCUGGAAUGGUGUGUAUGGUCCAUCAAGCACAAACAAAAUAAUCACUUUACUUUAAUAUGUAAUCCAGGAGCUUGUGAGAUAAAAACAGUAAACUAAAACAAGGACUGAACUACAAGAAAGAAACUA